AUGGUAAAAGUUUUGCCAGUGCCAGUAGCUCCCAAAAGCACCUCCAAAAUAGGAACAAUAACUUAUUUGGCUUGGUCUAAAAACAAGCCGGUUGAAAAUCAAACACCAGUUAAUUCUAAAACCGAAAUUCAGAAACUACAAACUCAAUUAAACUCUCUCAAAAGUAAACUGGAUAAUGUUUCAGAUGCUACCCAAAAAAGUCGGUUAGAGAAUAAAUUAUCUAGUAUUGAAAAUCAGUUAAAAACUCUUUCAGGGCAAAAUAAUUCGCCAGCGACCAUUAAAAACUUGGAACAAGAAAUUAAAAAAAUUAAGCAAGCAAUAGAGGGCAAGGAUAAGCCUAAUCAAGACAACCCAGAUAGGAAUGAUGACCCAGAUGAAGACCCCGAACCAACUAACAAGAAUAAAACAAAAGCCAAAUUUGUUGGAAAAUCUUUGAAAGACCAAGAUGGUGGAGAUUUUGAUAAUUAUAAAUUUUUGGAUUUAGGCAAAUCAGGAAAUACUAUAAAUAUUUUUUAUAUCAGCAAAAAUCACCCUCAAAUUAAACAAUUAUUAAGCCAAAAUAAAUUACAAAAAGAUAAACAGUUUACUGUUCGCUACGGAAAAAUAGAUGAUAGAUGUCAUUCUCCUUCUGAUGAGGAUGGUUCUUUGCUUACUUUUAAUGAAAAUAACCAGGAUUUAGAAAUUAUUGAAGUUAAAGAGCCUAGUCCCGUCCCAAAUCCUAACCCGCAACCGGGAAAUAAUAAAG